ACCUUCCUAGUUAUAACAUACUCCCAGCACUGGCUCUCAGAACGUCUGUUGCUGUCCCUAGCAGGCUGUUCUUGGUUAUAAUUUUUUUCACUUUUUUUUUUUUUUUUUAAUGUUAGGAUGGAGGGUUGGACUAGGUGAUUUUUAAGAAUAUUUAAUUAAUUAAUUUAUUUAUGGUACUGGGGAUCGAACUCAUGACCUUGCACUUACAAGGCAAAUCUUUGAGCCACUGAGCCAAAUCCUUGGCCCCUGGAAUAGGUGACUUUUAAGGUCUCUUCCAAAUCUGUGAAUUUGUGAUUCUUGGGUACUACCCAUGAUGCAUACAAUACCAUUCAUAUAUUAACUGUAAAUUAUACCUUUUAAUUUUACUUGAAUCAGGGUUUUGUUAGAGUAGUCUUCACAUUUGUGGAAAUAAAUUUAUAUAACAUUUUUAGGGGGUUGUUUGCUUAGUUUUGUCUGUUUUUUGAAACAGGAUCUUGCUCUAGUUUAGACUGGCUUUGAACUUAGUAGGUAGUCCAGCCUGGCCUCAUACUUAUGAUCCUCCUGCCUCAGCCUCCUGAAUAUUGGGGUUGUAGGUAUGUGCUACCAUGCCCCACUUGAGUUUAUAUAACAUUGUAAUUAUAGAUCUUUAAAUUUCCAGAAAAUAUCUUAGGCUUUUAGGCUUUCUUUAGUUCUUAAUAACAACAACAGUAAUAAUAGUUGUUAAUUAUUAAUGAAUAUACAUAAUAGUUAUUAAUAUUAAGUACAGUUAUUGUAUCAGUGCUAUAUAAGAAUUAGUACAGUGAUAAAAUAUAAUAACGAUUUGCUUUACAAAAUUACAUGCUAUUGAUUUUUUUCAAUUAAAUGAAAAUUUUAAACUAGCUUUUUAUUGUUAGUUAUAAAUUCAAACAAUCGAGAAAGGUCUUUUUUUCUAACCUCUCAGCCUGCCCCCAUACAAAUACUCAUUUGUGGUCAUAUUAUACUAAUGAUAUGUGAUUUGAUUUUUGUACUUAAUGUAUCUUGAACAUCUUUCAAUAUUAGAAUUUAUAAUUCUACACAUUUUAAAAUAUAUCAUUCCUAUGGAUAUGCUUCAGGUUAAAUAUAUUUGAACAUGUGUCUUAAUGAGUUUUUUGUACAUAUCUCUAAAAUGUUCUUAGAAGUAAAGUUUACUGGAUUUUAUCUUUUUAACAAUAUGACAGUUUGUAUUUAAAGUAAAUGGUUUGCAGGGCAUGAUGGCACACAUCUGUAACACCAGCACUCAGGAGGCUGAGGUGGGAGGAUUGUCACGAGUUUAAGGCCAGCUUGGAUUAUACAGUGAGUUUGAGGCCAGCCUGAGCUACAAAGCAAAAUUGUGUCUCAGAACUACUUCCCCCAAAAACUACAUGGUUUAAUAUUUCUGUUAGAGUGAGCAUAUAUAAAAUGCAGAUUGAUUAGCUCUUUGGCCCUUCUGAGAUGUGAAAUACCCUUACAUUUGAUUUACCAUUGUCUGUACUAUCCCCUUGAAAUGUAAUAGAUUCCAUGGAGAAAAAUAUAAAGACAUCAUAGCUAAAAGGGAGUUACUGGGAAAUAAAAAUGGGGAGAGCUUGUUGCACAGCUCUAAGGAUUGUUAGUGACCAAAUAAAUUAUGGCUACUAAGCAAUAAGAUUGUUUGUCCAGAAUUAUGGCCCAAUAAGAAUGUUUGCCCACAUAAAUGAUUUAUUUAAGAAGCCCUUUAAAGGGAAGAGGAAUGGACAUCAUGUUAAAGUAUUAACUAGAAAAUGAUGACAUCAAAUAGAAGACAACCCAAGACCUGAGAAAGCAAAGUUCACAUCAGGGCAGAUUCUGUGACUCCUGGAAGUCUUGCCUGGGUCACUGGGUUUGUUGUACCAGAACAAUGUGAUCUCAACAGGGAGCUGGAGAUAGUGGGGACUUGGCAGGAAGAGACAGCUCAGGGUCCUGGAGCCAGCCAUUUCCAAUACAUAUGAGAUGCGUGCUUUCAAAACCCUUGGUGUCCCAGAUAUUCUGAGAAAGUCAUGUGUAGAAGAUAGCCACAAAGAUUGGGACCAUUCACAAAUCCCCAUGAAGGGAUGAAUGAAGCUGCUGUGUUCAAUCUUCUUUUUUUUUUUUUUUGAGACAGUCUCACUAUGUAGAUCAGGCUGGCCUUGAACUAGCAAUCUCCUGCCUCAGCCUUCUCAGUGCUGGGAUUACAGAUGUAUGCCACCAUGCCCAUGAUUAAAUUUUUGUUUCAUAUCAGCAUCAAAGCUGAAGUGACAGUGACUGCUGCAAAAUGGAACAUGCUGGGAAACAUGCCCUGCGUGACAUAUAGAAUAAUGCCACCAGCACCUGUUUCGUCCCCUAUAGUUUAUGUUUUCUUACUUCUUUUAAUGCCUUUGUUUUUUUUUUUGGUCUUUUUUCAUUUUUAUCGGUACUGGGGAUCGAACUCAAGACUGCCUGCUUGCAAGGCAGGUGCUUAUGCCGCUGAGCUAAAUCCCCAGCCCCAAUGCCUUUGUUUUUUACUUUCACCCUUGAACUUAUAUUUGUUUCCACUUUUUCUUUUGUUUUUCUACAGCUUUCUUCUUCCCCACAGAGACUUUCUCUCUGGUUUUCCUUAUGAAAAAGACUAAGCUAAAAUAACAACAGUAUUGUCUUGGGAAUUGCAGGUUUGGCAUUUAUAUUCUCAAAUUCAGAGAUUGAAAAACUAUAUAUGAAUUAAGUUUUUUUUAAGUGGAUUAAUGUCAGUUAUAAGGGAGCUUGUUACUUAAGGUGAUAUGUACUACGUAUUUAUUGUACCAAUAGUAAGAGCUUUUGGGACAUAAAUUAUAGCUGGUUUAUUAUGUGAAUCAGUUUUCAUAGACUUAAAGUAAGGUACACAUUAUUCAUUUUAAUCAUUGCAGAUUCCUGUUUGCUUCCUGAAAUCUGAUGUCUGGUUUUUCAUUUAAGGAUUUAGUUGAUAUCUUUCCCAAGUCAUCUUAAUAAUUUUGCUUCAGAUUUCCAUUUGCUUCCUUGAGUUUUAAACUUGUCCUGUUUAGGACUGGGGAAUGAGGCCUACUUUUCUAGCAUCUGCCAGGCCCUGGUUCCAUCUUCAACACAGAGCCAGGCCUAGUGAGGUGUGUCCAUAAUCCUAGCACUGAGGAGGCUGAGGCAGAAGGAUCACUGUGAGUUCGAGGCCAGCCUAGACUAUAUAGUGAAUUCAAAGCCAGCCAGAAAUACAUAGCGAGACCCUGUCUCAAAAAAACCAAACAAAAUUCAGCACUGAAAAAAGAUACAAUAAUUGUAGGGUUGUUGGGGAAAUUAAAAAUGUAAAGAGUAUGAAACCCAGUUUUGUUGCUUUUUAGUUGCUCAAUAAACUAAGAAUAUCAAUGACUUAAAAUCACCUCUCCAUGCAGCUGUAACUGCAAGUCUGAUAUAUAAACUGCCUAGAACUUAAAAUCUGACUUACAGUUUCCAUCUGCGGCUGCUGUUUGUAGUGCCCGUUCUUAAUCUUACGUCUUUUCUUCAUAAUCUUUGACUUUUACUCAAAAAACCCCACCUAUUUGCAAUUUGUGCUUUCUAAACUAGCCCAUUUGUAUGUUGGAGCAUGGUCUAGUGUUACUGUAUUUUUGUGGCACUGGGGAUUGGACCUGGGGCUUCUUUUUGAGUUAUAUCCCCAGCCCUCUUUAUUUUGAGACAGGGUCUUAAUAAAUUGCCCAGAAUGGUCUUCAACUUAAAAUCCUCCUGGUUUAGCCUCCCAAAUGCUGGGAUUAUAGGCCUGAGACACCAAGCCUAGCCAGUGUAAACAUAGUAAUACUAGCAUUUCUGUCACUUUUCUUUGCAGUUCUAUUGCAGCAACCUAAAAGUUCUGUUUGUAUCCUUCCCUGGAGGUUUUUGAACAGCUACCAUUUGACCUUUACCUUUCUUAGGUCCUAUUUAGUUUUAGGCUGGAGUAGAAUUGCAGUUAUUAUAGGUGAACUGGCACCACUAGAGUAACUUACCCAGUGGUUAUAUCAUACAAACAAAAUAUGGUCUAUGAUAAGUAGUUGUAAAAUUUGCUGCAGGUCCAGGUGACAUUUUAAGUGAUGUAGAGCUUACUGUCAAACUGAAUUCUGCUGACUUCUGAAAGAAUGAGCUGUCUUAGGUUUGGGUGUCUUUGGGCACUGGGGCUUUUGUUACUUUGAUAGAUCUCUAUUACUGUUAGAACUCUGGAUGUGUGUGGCUGUGAAAUAUUUAUUUUUUAGCCUGCCCACCAUGCUCUUUAAGUUGUUUGUUGUUUGUUACUCAGCCAGCUACAGAGUACUCUGGAGCCUUUUCUAGAAGAAUAGAACUUUCUGAACAACUGAGUACAAAAUUUAUGAUUAAAAAUAACAUUUACAAGCACAGACAGUUGUAAAUUAUGCAUAGUAAAGCAUAGUAGCUAAUUAACUUUCACAAAACUCCUUGAGAUAAAUACUGUUAGGCACAUUUUUCAGAUGAGGAAGCUAAUACUUUUCCCAGAGUUAUACCACAGUGGAGUAAUAGAGGUUUAUAGUUAGUCUAGCUCUAGAUCCAUGUUCUUAAUCUCAUCAUGGCCUCUGAAUUUCAGCUAUUAUGAUAUUUCAUAAUAUGAUAAAAUUUCCGCUAUGAUGAUCAGUGCCUGGUACCCUAAGGAGUGCCUUAUUGUGAUCUGCUGUUGUUUUCAUUUCACCAUUGCCUGCUAGAUGCUUGUAGUCUCUGAUGUUACCCAGGGGAAGGAACUGGAAUUCUUGGCAUCUUUUUCUAAGCCAUCCAACCUCAUAAUUUUAAAGAGGGGGUGGUUUGGUAGCCAGUUGAUUUGGCUUCAUAGUUUUUUGGAUGCAGCAAAAAGUGCAGUAGGAAUUGGAACCAUCCUAACUUGAGGUUUGUUGAUUUUUGAGACACUCUUGGUUUCUAUAGCCUAGGCUGGCCUCAAGCUACACAUCCUGCUUUCCAAGUGCUGGUAUUAUAAGCAUCUCCUCCUGUAACCUGAGUUUAAAUCCUGUCAGCCAUCCAUCGAUUCAAUACAUAUCUACUGUGCUCCCAAAUGUCAAAUAUUGCACUGGGUUUUGUACUGGGUGCUGAGAAUACAGUAAACAAAACAAUUCCUUUGUCAUGGAAUCUAGUUAAGUGAAAGAAGACAAAAAAUAAAACUAAGAACAAAAUAUGAGGCAAAGAGAGACCAAGAAGCAUUAUUUCAGAAACGUGGCUAGGGAAAUUAUUUGGCACACGGGCAUUUGAGCAGAUUAGGCAAAGGAGUAAGUAUGUGGCUCGCCGGUGGAAGUGUUCCAGGCCAGUGUUCUGAAGUAGACUAUGGGAGAGGGAAAGUAGGACAAAGGAUGAAAGACUGAGUAGGAGGAGGAGCCACAGAAUAUACCUAGAUCUUACAGACUUUAAGUUGAGGGAGAGACCAGAGAUAAGAAACUUAGGCUGUUUGUCUUUGGCAAGUCACAACUUAAGGCUUGGAAUCUUUGGUUUUCCCCAUCUUGAAGAAGAUGGGUUGUAAAGUUCUGAAAAUCGUCAAAGACCAUGGGAGGGUGUUUUUUGUUAAUAUGUCAUCUAACUGACUCUAGCCUAUGGUACAUAACUGAAAAUAGUUGCUUGUAUUUUCUUUAUAACUUGGGGGCAGGCUGCAGUGAACUGACAUUGCUGCAGACUAAAACCCCAUGAGCGAGAAUCACGUUCCUUAGUCAUGGGAGUAUGAUCACGGAGAAAGGAAAAGAGCUUUAGAGGAGAGUUCGUCUAGUUAUUUUAAGAUAUGUAGCCAAGGGUCUCCCGCCUUCCCUUCAAAAGGCUGCGGUGGCACCAAACUUGCUUUUGCAGGAUGCACUUCUGAUUCCUCCACUUUUGCCGAUUCUGCAGCCCAUUUGCUAGCUUGAUCCAGCUUUGCGGCACUCGCCGCCUCCAACUCCCGGCCUGCCGCUGGCUCAGGGCCGGUACGCGGACUCCAUUUCCCAGCCUGCUCCGGGGCUCGGCCAGGACGUGCCGGCGCCUAUAAGAGCCAGAGCGCUGCGGCCAGAGCCUAUUGUUAGCCGGAGCCGGGGCGGUUCUGGGCUAUUCCUGCCAGGGGAGCCCGCGCUGCCGGAGCCGCCCGCCCCACUCCGCCUGCCGGCCGGCCUGCCCAUUCACCCUCCUUCCCCACCCAGCCGCCCUGGGAGCUCCCCUACCGUCGCCGCGGGGCCCGGGACUCGCUCGCUCCUCCCUGUUUCCCACCGGGCUAGGGCGGCGGCAGCAGCGGGGGCGGCAGAGACCAUCACGGGAAGAGGCAGCUGCGGCGGGGCCGGUAAAGGGCCUGGGGGUGCGGGGCAGAGGGUGCCGCUUCGUCCUUUCUCGGGAUCUGCCCUCAGGCGGCAGUGGAGGAGUGGUCAAGCCCAGAGACCAGCGGAUGGAGGGAAUCCUAAUGCACCUGGCUAGCUGGUGGUGAGCAGGGGCUUUGAGGCCAAGGAGGUCGGCUUCCUGAGGAAACCCUUGGAAACCAAUGGAUGCAUUCACGAGCUCGGGUCUCAAGAGGAAGUUUGAUGAUGUGGAUGUGGGCUCAUCAGUUUCCAACUCAGAUGAUGAGAUCUCUAGCAGUGACAGUGCUGACAGCUGUGACAGCCUCAAUCCUCCUACAACUGCCAGCUUCACACCCACAUCCAUUCUGAAACGGCAGAAGCAGCUUCGGAGAAAGAAUGUGCGCUUUGACCAGGUGACUGUGUACUACUUCGCCCGGCGCCAGGGUUUCACCAGCGUUCCCAGUCAGGGAGGUAGCUCUCUGGGCAUGGCCCAGCGGCAUAACUCUGUGCGCAGCUACACACUCUGCGAGUUUGCCCAAGAGCAGGAAGUGAACCAUCGAGAGAUUCUUCGUGAGCACCUGAAGGAGGAGAAACUUCAUGCAAAGAAAAUGAAGCUGACCAAGAACGGGACAGUGGAGUCCGUGGAGGCUGAUGGCCUGACACUGGAUGACGUUUCAGAUGAAGAUAUUGAUGUGGAAAAUGUGGAGGUAGAUGAUUACUUCUUCCUGCAGCCUCUGCCCACCAAACGGCGACGGGCCCUGUUGAGGGCUUCUGGGGUCCACCGCAUUGAUGCUGAAGAAAAGCAAGAACUUCGAGCCAUCCGUCUUUCUCGGGAAGAGUGUGGUUGUGAUUGUCGACUGUAUUGUGACCCAGAGGCGUGUGCCUGUAGCCAGGCUGGGAUUAAAUGCCAGGUGGAUCGCAUGUCCUUUCCAUGUGGCUGCUCCAGGGAUGGCUGCGGGAACAUGGCUGGGCGCAUUGAGUUUAAUCCAAUCCGAGUCCGGACUCAUUACCUCCACACCAUCAUGAAGCUGGAGCUGGAGAGCAAGCGGCAGGUGAGCCGCCCAACAGCCCCAGAGGAGGAACCCUCACCUGCAGCUGGUUGCAGCCUGACGGGAGUGCAGGGCUCCGAGACACAGGACUUUCAGGAGUUCCUCGCUGAGAAUGAGACAGCGGUGAUGCACCUGCAAAGUGCAGAGGAACUGGAGCGGCUCAAGGCCGAGGAGGACUCCAGUGGUUCCAGUGCCAGCCUGGACUCGAGCAUCGAGAGCCUGGGCGUGUGCAUCCUGGAGGAGCCGCUGGCUGUUCCUGAAGAGCUGUGCCCAGGCCUCACAGCCCCCAUUCUCAUCCAGGCACAGCUGCCCCCAGGCUCCUCUGUCCUGUGUUUUGCUGAGAACUCGGACCACCCGUCAGCCUCAACAGUGAGCGGCCCACCUUACUUGAACAGUGGGCCCCUGGUCUACUACCAGGUGGAGCAGAGGUCAGUUCUGGGAGUGAAGGGAGAGCCAGGUGUGGAAGAAGGCGCAGCAUCUUUCCCCAAGGAGAAGGAUCUGAGUGUCUUCUCUCUCCCCGUCACUUCACUGGUGGCUUGCAGUCCCACAGACCCAGCCAGCCUCUGUAAAUCAGAGGUGGAGAAAACACCUGCUCUAGAAGGGCUGUUGCCAGAAGAUUGUAAUGCUGAGGAGCCCGAGAAUGAAGACUUCCACCCUUCUUGGUCCCCCUCAAGCCUUCCCUUCCGCACGGACAGCGAAGAGGGAUGUGGGGUGGAAAAGAGCUCCCAGCUGAGUGAGGACCGGCCCCCCGAAGAAUCUGCCCUAGAACUCCCUCUGGCAGUGUGACAUGGGGUGUAGAUGCUGCCUCUCACCCACUAUUUAUUCCCUUAUUUUAUCUAAUGCCACUUCAAGGCUGUAGAAGCAGCUGCUGCUCCCAUGUUAUUUUAUUGGGAUCUUUGGGGGAGUGGGUAGGAAAGGAUCGUUUGUACCAGUAUUUUUUAAAAGGGAAGCAGUACCGAGAAGGUCAUCUCCAGCCUGACCUGGAGAUAGUCUUAGAGUCGGCCACACAGUGCCCAAUACUGAGCUUUCUGGGCCAUCAGAACAAAGAGGGAGGAUUUCAUAGGAGGAGCUGGGUAAUUCAAGCAGCUAUUCUUUAUGUAGGGACCAAAACACAAGAAUCUGAACAGCAUGGCAAAGUCCUGGCUUUCCAGGGCUCCAAGGAGGGUGCAAGGUCAUUUCUCUCUGGUUAUUCCAAUACUCCCAUCGUGGUGUGUCAUCAUCAUGCAGUCACAAAGGUCACCAGGCAGGAGCGAGGAGGGGUAGAAGGCUCUCUUGCUUCUAUACAAAACCUCCAGGAUUUCUAAAAACCUGCCUUCUUUGGACCCUUAUUUGGUAAAUAAGUUAAUAUUUGACAUGUUUGGUCUUUUCUGACCAGCUCCCCACACUGGGGAUUCCUGGUCUGUAACUUGAAUUACGGUGUUUCUUUCACAUGCUGUUAGGUACUAGAGUUUAACUUGUGUUCUUUUAAUCCAUCAUUUUUCCUUUGAAGAAAAAGAGUGAGUCUGGCUGGGGAUGUGGUGUAAGGAGCCGAGGCUUCUCCCUGUGUCUAUCACUAGCACUAUUGGGUAGCCUCAGGCAGAGUUCACCCAUCUCACAGGAGACCCAUGUGAAGCAUUAACUGUCCAGAGGAGGCCACAGGACCAGCCUACUGUCUGGAGAGAUGACUUGCUUUUUCACACUCCCCCACAACAAGCUGAGCUUUAAAUAGAAUGUAAGAUGUGGCAAUCUAAGGACAACUACUAAUUUUUAUUCUUUUUUUUGUAUCUAACCUUGUGAUCCUUGUUGGAUAUAUGCAGGGUUAGAGUUCUUAUACUAUUCCAGUACAGCUCCAAAAAUUGCACAUGUUUACUGAACCUCCUUCAUCUUGAUGAUACAUAGAUAGGAAGCCAAGCCAAUUCUUAAAAUGUCACACACAACUCCCAAGUUCCAAAGGAUUCAAGAUCUGAUUGUAACUUUGGAAAUGUACAGGAUGGGUCUCAAAUUCUGUUCUUACCUCUGUCAGUGAUUCCUGUUCCUCUUAUAUCCAGCUUAUGUUCUAAGAUGUACUUCACUGAACUCCACUGAUUUCUUUUUAUUGUCAGAUUUUAUCUUCGCUUUAGUUUAAAAUGGACACCUUAGGGAGCAAAACACUAUUCUCUAGCAUCCUGUACACCAUGUUUCACUUCCAGAAUGGUUUAUUAACCAGGAAUGAAAAGCAUAAAAACUUUUGGUGGCAGGAGAGAUAACUGUUCAUCCUUUCUUGCUCAUAAACCCUUUUCUUAUGGGAUAGUUAGGGCUCUGGUGUCUUAAAGUAGAUUUUAUGUGUGUCAGCAGCAUUUCACCUAUAAAACCUGAGCCUGAAGGGCCUUGUAAUUGGUAUAGCUACACAUUUUAAUCCAUUCCGUCUUAUCUAUUCAUUCCUGUUUUCAUUUAGCUUUAUGUUUGGAAAGGAGUUCUUUGUUAGGUGCAUAGGUCCAUGUCUAUCCCCAGCCUCACAAAACAGAGUUUAGGCUCGUAAGUACCUGAGCUUUAGAUGUUCUUCCAAACUGAGCCACACUCACCCUGACCCCUUGAGAUUGGGACUGUCAAACACAGGACUGAAGCUUCCCUCAGAAUUCCGCCUCAUGGAGAAAAGACUCUUUUUAAAAAUUUGUUGGAAGGAAAAGGAAGCUUUAUAAAUCGUCUCCUUAGGAAGCUCCAGCUUAAUUUAGUGGAGAGAUUCCAAUUGCUCAGUAAGAAAGAUAUUAACUUUCUGGAUUAAAUGAAUUUAAGUUUGUAAUUAUUAAACUCACUGUCAGCCCACAAGAUAUUUGAUAUUUCUGCAAAACUCCAGUUUCUGUCCAAACCCAUCCCUUCAUUAACUCUACAAUUCUGACACACUAACCCCAAACUUCUGAAUGCUAAAUAUUAGCACUCAGCAUUAGCUCUUACCAAGCAAAGGGCCUUUUCUACAACCUAAUCUGUCUCAUUUCUGGUGCUACCUGAAUUGGACAAAAUGAUAGCUCAUGGUUGCUGGGAAAGGUAGGCCUGUGAUCGGAGAUGUGGAUUGCUUCAGUCCCACUCAAUCUAGGCCUAGAUAAAAGAAAUGAAGCUUCUUAUCUCUUUUCCUAUACUGUAUACAGGUAGUAUUUUCAAUGUGAAUCCAAAGCUUGUCUGGUUCUCUGAAAACAAUUUUUUUCCCCGUUAGGUUCUUUACAUUGUGAUAAUGCCGUAUUUAAAGAGAAUAUUUAAAUGUAAUAUUAAAGAAAUAUUCAAAAAGAA